AUGUCUGGGCGUGGUAAGAAACACCCAAAGCCUGCACUGCCUGCCAGAAUCACCAAGACAAAAAAAUGUGGCUUGCAGUUUCCUGUGGCCCGAAUUCAUCGGUUCCUAAAACAGGGCCAUUAUGCCGAAAGAGUAAGUCCAGGAGCCUCGGUGUACCUGGCCGCAGUCUUGGAAUAUCUGUCUGCAGAGGUCAUAGAAUUAGCUGGGAGUGCUGCUCAUCAGAACAAGAAGAAGCGGAUUGGACCACGCCAUAUCCAGAUGGCAAUAAGGAAUGAUGAAGAGUUGAACAAGUUGUUUUCACAUGUGACCAUUCCUGAAGGAGGAGUGCUCCCCAACAUCCAAGCCAUUCUUCUUCCUAUAAGUGAACACAGCGGCUUCCCAGCUAGCGGCGAACUGGGGACGAGCCUGGCUGAACUCGGGGCGGUGCUGGCUGAGUUUGGGAUGGCACUUUGCUGGUUUGCCUCAGAAAGUGCUUGGAAAGUUCUGCUGCAGCUUGAACGAUCCUGCGGCUUGAACGAUUUUGCUGCGUGGGCGGGCGGCAUCCGACGGCCUGUGGGGCGGGUGCCCCCCCCCCAUGAAUGGCGGUCCUCCGGCUAUCAACAAGCGGAGGGACACCUUGCUUGGAGGGCAGUACUUUGA